GAAAUAAGAAAAUAAAGAAUUAUAUAUUAUUUCGAAUUAUAAUUUUCAAGAUUAUCAAUAUCGGCGAUAAAAUAUUUAUAUUUUAGUGGCAACAUUGAAAAGUUUCACUCUCAAAAUUUGUUUUAAACAUAAAAAUCACUUUUAUCUCUCGUUCUCAUUCUCUUACACCACCCUUGUUGUAUUCUCCUUCCGCUCCUACCUUUAAUUUACACUCGUAUUUAUAGGUGAGCAACUGAGAUAUGAAUGCGGAGUACGAUUAAAAUACUCAUAACUACAGUGCAAGUGCAAAGGUUUUCGCAAAUAUUGGAAUUGUUUAUAAUCGAUGUGAUACGAGCCCAUAAACAAAUAAAUAAUAUAGUCAAUUGCAGCGUGAUGUCAUUACAGUGAGAAGCGAUACACACAAAUUAUUAUCGGAAUGCACAAGUUGAAAGCGAAAGUCAGAAGUGCAGUGGUCACCGUGAAAUAAACAUGCGUAUAUAUGUUAGCAGACACGAUACACGUUUAAGACAAAUGAGAGUGAGACCGCCGACUGUCCGGACCGCACCGGAGAGAUAAGAGCACACAAGUUAACUCAAACAUAAAUUAUUACUACAAAUAUGAGUUUGUUUGUAUGUACAAAUACAUUUAGUACUAUAGCGCAUUUCUGAGCAGCCUUGUGUGUGCAUUUCUGAUAAACAUAUGUGCAUACACAGUGGCGAUUUAGCGCCCACUCAAAUGCUAAAUUUCGUCUGAGAAAGUAUAGCGCUUAUACUUAGAAUGGUACUUGUGGCACGUACAACAUACAUAUGUAGCUACAUACAUAAAAGCCGCACGUGAAUAAUUGUGCCAGUUGUUACUGUAUGCUGCCGACAUAUAAGUCAAUUUUGAGUUGUUAAUUUACAUACAUACAUAUAUUAAGUAUAGCAGCUGUUGUGUUAAUUUGUAUCUGAAUAAAUGUAAUUGGGAGUAUCUAAAGUCUGUGCUCGUGCCGAAUGUCAGAAGAGAAAAUUAACGAAAAAAAAAAUCAAAACAAAAAAGUUAUAUACCUACCUACCGAAAAUCAGCGAGCAGGGUGAUAUUAGCAAACAAAAUGAGAUACAAAAAAUAAACGGAGAGCGGAGGACUACAGAUGACGCUAAAGCAAGCGCCGUGGAUUCGUAUACCAACGAGCCAUACCCGUCAAGUUGCGCGCUACGACCUUGCAAUACCCUUGAAUGACACUCUUAUUGUGCGCACCGUGUCCAAGAUGAAGACGAGCACACAAGCGACGCAACGGUAGAAGUCAAAUAUUAAAAGUGAACUUUGUGUGUUUUUGCCUUUUCGUGUAGUUCAUGCGUUCGCUUAUUACAAAAAAAUAAUAAAAGUAAAAACAGAAGAAAAUAUUUAUAAAUGUGCUAAGAAAACAAAAAAAAUCAAUUAAAAUAGAUUAAAAUAAAAUGUUCUACAAUAUAAUCAUAAACGUUCACAACUGGCUGCUUUAAAUCUGUGACAAUUCACUUUAGAAAUUUUACACAAGGUCAAAGCUAAAAUUAUCGAGAUUCUGGUUAAGGCCAAUGAACGGUCCCGGAGAUAUUCCUUUGAAUGAGAAUAGUGGCACCCCUGACACAAAAUCCUGCAGUAUAAUAUCUGUAAUUCCCACAUUAGGCAUGUCAUCAUGUCGUGGUAGAGCCGAGGCUUUUGCACGUAGUUUAUCCUCCAAGUUACGUACAUUGGGCACACAGAAUGACGAUGGCGAACUAUCGCCUGAGGAAGUGUCGAUAAUUAACGAAAACAACACAACCAAUACAUGGAAAACCACAAAUGACUCUGAACAAGCGGUCACAGACUUGCAACCGCUGCGCCAUGAGUCCGAUUCGUUCUUUGAUUUUGACUGUGAGCUGGAAAGUCCAGGUAGCCCAGUUGAUGAGUGUGAAUAUUUGCGACUAAUAGAGACAGCAUCGAAUACACCACACAAUUCGGCAGCUGAAUCGGGUUGUGUUUGUGCGUCUACCUCGAGUAGUCGCGGCUCUACAGAUGUGCAAUACUUUGAUCACAUUCACAAUGAGGAAACGAUAAAUGACGCACCUGAAUUUGUGCCUACAUUACAUAACGGCUAUGACGCGAAUGACCAAGCCCAUGACCUACAUGACGACGUAUCUGCAGAUAACAGCAAAAAUGAGAACGAUAUCGACAAGACUGCGGUUAUAAAUAAGGAACUAUCAAAAGAACCUUUGGAGGAAGUGCAGAAACACGACGAUAAUUUAACACCUGUGGAUUUGGCAACUAUACAAGAUGAGAUAAUCAAUGAACUGCAAGAACAUAGUGAACGCAUUGGAAAUAUUAUUGAAUUCAUGCAAGUUCAAGCACAUAACGAAAACAACAAUACUGCUUCCGCAACUUUGCACACUAAUCUCUCCAAUGGCGAGAUUGAAACUGAUGCACACAUAAUUCUUGACAAUAUUGAGCAAUUGCACGCUGAAACGACUGAAACUAGCAAUACGGAAAAAUCCGCCCAAAACGAAGUACAAAUAGGGUUAGACACAAACGAGUCGACCCGUACAAGCACUCAGGAAACCAUUGAAACUAAGCAACUGCACAACAAAACCAAAGAUGAUAAAUCCACAUUCGAUGGACAUGAAGAGGAUGAAGACGAUUGCCGGCCGCAACGUGUGCGCCGCUGCUCAUCACUAAAAACCGGUAAAACACCACCGGGUACACCAGGUCGCAAGAAAAUUGUGCGUUUCGCAGAUGUGCUAGGUCUCGAUUUGGCCGAUAUCAAAACGUUUCUCGACGAAAUACCAACAAUACCGAAAUCUGCAUUUGAAGAUUUGGAAGUGUUGGAAUCGGAACCGCCCAUACAGCUCGGACCGAAAUCUGAUAAGCUGCUCAUGCCACUGUUUCAACAGCCCGGUGGACUGCCGAACUUUUUGGAUCUUGUGCGCGAAAAACAAGUUUCAUUGGAGAACGCCGCGGUAACGGAUCACAUCAAUCAGACGAUUACCGGCACUGUGCGUGUACGCAAUUUGGACUUCAACAAGUCAGUGCACAUACGUUAUACGCUGGAUAAUUGGCGCAGCUAUGCUGACUUGCAAGCAAACUAUGCUGAAAACUCUUGUGACGGCUUUUCAGAUAAAUUUACCUUCUUUCUCUUUGGUAAUUCUUUGCAAAUUGGUCAGCGCAUUGAGUUUGCUGCCCGUUUCCAAUGUAAAGGCCAGCAGUUUUGGGAUAACAACUAUGGAACUAAUUACUGCUUCCAAUGCUUGCCAGCGUCAACUCCUGCUAGUGCCACCACGCAGUCAAUACACGUGCAUACGACUACAAGUCAUACAGCUGGGUUGUUUAGCCCCACUGUCGGUGAUGCAUGGUGCAGUUCCUUCUACUAGGCACCUGAGAGAUGAUCAGAGAAAAAUGUAAAAAAAAAAAACCAAAUACAUAUAUAUACAUAUAUUACAAUGUUAUUAAUACUGUGCAGCUGCAUGCGAACACACAAAACUACACGAAUAUACGCAAACACACAUAUAGACAUUUAGCUAAAGAAAUCAGGGAAAAUACUCUCACGACUCCUACUAACUUUCCACCUACAUACAUAUACACAUGCAUACAUAUAACAAGUGAACCCACCCUUCCAAAGCCAAAGAACAAGAAAAAUCACGAACGUUACAUUCAUAUAUUCUUAUUAUAUGUAUGGAAUUAUGUAUAUUUUUUGUAAAUAUUAACACAAUACAAAUCUACAAACAUGUAUAUGCACACAUACAUAGAUACGAACUAGAAAGCAUAUUCUGUAUAUGCGAGCAGAUGUCUAAAGACUAAAUAAUUUUAGCCAUUUACAACAACAACAAGCUACAGCCGGUGAGCAGCCUUUAAUAUGCUCAGCCGUAUACCUACUUUUAUGUGUAUGUGCCUAUCGAGUUAUUAGCUAAUAAACAUAUGAAUUUUCCUAUAGCCAUAUAUAUACAUAUGUUUAUGUAUGCGUGCAUAUACAUACGUACGUAAUAGCGAAUAAAUUUUAUGAAAGAAAAUAUUUUUGAAAGAGAAAGUUUAAAACUACACCUAUACAUACAUAGUAAAAUGUGGAACUGUUGGAAUAAUCUCCCUAGAACUGUUAACGUUUUGUAUAACAAAGCUAACAAAAAAGUGAUCAAUAAAAUUAAAACUAAAGUAAAACUAAUAA